AUCAGCAGUCAUGGCCCCCGUCCCCCGCGUUUACUCCAAGACCUACAAGGUCCCCCGUCGUCCUUUCGAGUCGGCCCGUCUUGACUCGGAACUGAAGAUUGUCGGCGAGUACGGCCUGCGCAACAAGCGUGAGGUGUGGCGUGUCCAGCUCACCCUGUCCAAGAUUCGUCGUGCUGCUCGUGAGCUUCUCACCCUCGACGAGAAGGACCCCAAGCGUCUUUUCGAAGGUAACGCUUUGAUUCGCCGUCUGGUCCGCAUCGGUGUCCUCGAUGAGUCUCGCAUGAAGCUCGAUUACGUCCUGGCCCUCCGCGUUGAGGACUUCUUGGAGCGUCGUCUUCAGACUUGCGUCUACAAGCUCGGUCUUGCCAAGUCCAUCCACCACGCCCGUGUCCUGAUCAAGCAGCGUCACAUCCGUGUCGGCAAGCAGAUCGUCAACGUCCCCUCCUACAUGGUCCGCCUGGAUUCCCAGAAGCACAUCGACUUCGCCCUUACCUCCCCCUACGGUGGUGGCCGCCCUGGCCGUGUCCAGCGCAAGAAGGCUGCCGCUGCUGCCGGUGGUGGUGACGACGAGGCUGAGGAGGACGAGGAGUAAAGGAUUAAAAAUUGGAGUACGGACGGGUUUCGUUAGCCAAAAUAAAAUCACGGGGCUCCGUUAUGGCUGCAGCAUAGCGUAUAACGUUGUACGAUCAUGCGAUUCCAUUAAUGAACUAGUAGCCUACGGCUCGAUUCCCAUACC